AGAGAGAAGACAAAUAGACAUGGAGAAUGGUCAGGAUAAACAACCACCAGGAUCUGAGAAACUUAAAACCAUUCAUGACAGUGCUCAGUUGGGGGAUAUUGAUGGGUUUCAGAAGCUACUUCAGAAUAAUCCAUAUCUUCUCAAUGAAAGAAAUCCAUUUAGGUUGGAGACACCCCUUCAUGUUUCUGCAAGUAACAACAAGACACAAAUAGUGAAAUUUCUGCUUGAAUGGAAAGGAGAUGAUAAAGUUGACUUGGAAGCGAAAAAUGUGCGUGGAGAAACUCCAUUGCAUGUAGCAGCCAAGAAUGGGUGCAAUGAAGCUGCACGAUUACUUCUUGCUCAUGGUGCUCUUGUUGAAGCCAAAACGAAGUAUGGUGUGACACCAUUAAAUCUUUCUGUUCGUCACUCAAUUCGAGCUGAAGACUGUUCAAUUGUCGAGACAUUGCUCGAGAAUAAUGCUGAUUGUGAUGCUACAGACGAUGAGGGCAUGACUCCUAUAGAUCAUCUUUCAAAGAUCCAAGAAAGUGGGAAGUUGCGUGAUUUAUUACUCUCUCGUCAACAAGAGCAACGAAAGACUAAGUUACUUGAAGCAUGUAGCAAGCAAAACGAAAGGAUGGAUGCCCUCGAAAAAGAGCUAUCAAAUAUUGUGGGGCUGGAUGGACUCAAGAUGAAACUUCGGAAAUGGGCAAAGGGCAUUCUUAUGAAUGAGAGGCGCAAGGCCAUUGGACUGGAAAUCGGCACUGCUGGAAGACUUCCUCACAUGGCAUUUCUAGGAAAUCCUGGAACAGGUAAGACUAUGGUGGCUCGAAUCGUUGGAAGACUACUCCAUAGUGUGGGAAUUUUACAAACUGACAAUGUAAAAGAAGUUCGAGGGACAGAUUUAGCUAGUCAAACUGGAUAUAAGACUAGGAAGAAGAUCAAAGAAGCCGAGGGAGGUAUUCUUUUUGUGGAUGAAGCAUAUCGACUAAUACCGGAGGAGACAAGUGGUCCUGACUUUGAGUUAGAAGCCUUAGAAGUCUUUUGGUUUGGAGCCUCCGAGUUAGAAGCCUUGGAAGAGAUCAUGUCUUGUAUGGACAAUGGAAAAGUUUUAGUCAUAUUCUCUGGCUACAAUGAAGCAAUGCAAUGUUUAAUAUCUUCUAAUGAACGUUUCAGCAGAAGGGUUGCAAAAAUUUUUGAGUUUGAAGAUCUGAGUUGCUUAGAAUUAGCUAAUAUUCUCCAUUUCAAGAUGAAUAAUCAAGCGGAAGAUAGUUUGAUACAUGGGUUUAAAUUACAUUCUUCUUGUAGUGUAAAUGCCAUUGCAGAGCUAAUAAGGAGAGCAACAACUGAAAAGCAGCGUAUGAAAAUGAAUGGAAGUUUAGUGGAGAUAAUGUUAAAUAAUGCAAAGAGGAAUUUGGAUCUUAGGAUUAGUGAUGAUUGUGCAGAGAGUGAUGAAUUGCUUACGAUCAAAUUAGAGGAUUUUGAAGCUGCUAUGAGAUUUUUUACCCCAAUAGAUGUUUAA